UCGGAAGCGCGCGUUUCUUCGCGGUUAUAAAGUUACCUUAUUUCAUGCAAAUACACAUUCCCGUUGAUCAUAUCUAUACGCGGACGCGUGCUCGCUUCCCGAGUAUGUGGUGCACAAGGCGUACGGGCUGCUCGCGUGUGCGCUCGUAUUCACGGAUCUGUGCGCGUCCUUGUGCACGUGUAUAUUCGCGGCCCUCGGUGUACACAUACACGUAUAAUGCGUGCGCUCGUCGUUUUACGUGUGUAUGCGUAGAGGCAUUGGUGUAUAGGCAAACGCGGGUGCACGGCUCUAUAGCUGUGUAUUCGGAUGUAUGGAUGCGACGGAGCGAGUGGAAAAGUGCCGGCAAAAUAUUGGGAGGAUUGAGGGGCAGGAGCGUUCGAUGGGAGGCUUCGAUCGAGGAACGAUCGAGGAAAGUUUGCUGCAGGGAUGCCGGCGGGUUUGUGUCCCCGGAAAUGCCAGUUUUUGAGGGCCCUCACGGGGCCGAGGGAUGUGGAGAAUCGUCGUGCGAGAUGGAAAUUGUGCGACUUGGUGCGACGACCGUGGCGGAUCGAGAUUCAAAAGUGACCGCAGCCGAGGCUGGAGUUUGGUGGAUACGAGGAAUUGCGAAUUUUUUGCGACUUCGGGCUCGACAUUUUUUGGUGGAUUUUGAGAGAGAGAGAGAGAGAGAAGCAACUCGGGGAUUGCUCAGUGACUCGCGGACGGUUGACCUCGGGGACCGUCGCCUUCUGGCCCGCGGAACACUCGGUUUCUUGGCUCUCGCGAGUGUGGCAGAUAUUUUCUUCACUCGGAGAAUUAUCCGGGGGUUUUUGGGUUUCGACUCUACGUCGCAGCCCGCGGAUCGCUACGAGCUACUACUGUUUUUGCCGGCUCGAUUUUCAGUGCGGUUCUCACGACCGCGAGGCGGAAGAGUGCUCGACGAAAAGGGCUCGGCCAAUCUCACGGGGGAAAAGCACAAAUUCGAAGAACCGGGAUUUUUGGGCGAUUCGAACCGCGUCGUAACUGGGGCUCUCGCGGUGGUAAUCGGUCUCGAAGCGACGGUCACUCGGGAAUUUCUUUUCGAGCGUUUUUCGUAACCACCCGAACGAGGACGCUUCGCGACAUUCGUCGCCCUCAAAACACGGGACGGGAAGAGAAAUUAGUUCGUUGGAAGCGCAAACGUUUUUGAGAAGCCGGAAAAUUCACGUUUUACCGAGUUUCUAGAUAAUUAUUUGUCCCAUCGACUUGUUCACUCGCGGAAAACGACCGUUGAAAAAGCCUCGAAAAGCGAGAUUAUUGGGAGGCGAAGUCGAUGCGGAAUCGCGCAGUCUUACAAAUAAACUCAGAGAUGCUGCGCGCUCCGACGGUUUGAAUGUGGUUGGAAGUUCUGUCGGCAGGAAAAUAAGAAGAAAAGAGAUGAACAAAGUUCCCAAUCGACGAGUCGAUUGGAUAACUCGAUGGUUGGAGGACCAACGAGAGUGAAUUUUCAUUGCAAAACCAUGAGAAUUUGUGCUGCUCGCUGUACGUUUACAUGUCAGCAGGAUGAUUCGAAGCGGCGCGCAGAUGAUUCUCCAAACUUGUUGUAAGCCGCUUGGCGGUGUAUCGCAGGGGCAUGAGCGAAGAAUGUUGCGAUAGAGAGAAAAGUUGAGAGCACUGCGUUGUACAGAGUGUUGGUUAUGUUGAUUGUUUGCGUAGAAAGAGUGGGCAAAAAGCAUUGAAACGUUUGAACAAUUAAUGAGGAUGAUUAUUUCGACUUGUUCCCUCAUGACUGUUCGUACGAGAAAAAAUUGCAACUCCUCGUUGCAGAGAGAAAACUUGUUUUGCUUGUAACGCCUAAAAGAGGGAAUUUAGAGAACGAAAGACAGUGGGAAACGUCAUACACGUGAGUACGCAGCAUCCGAAGGCCGAGGACGAGGGUCACUGCGAGAAACUGCGAGGGAUCCGAAAAAAAGUCUUGCAAAAAGAAAAACAUAAACAGUCGGGGCGCACUGGUACACAACGAUGUAAAAUAAUACGUUCGCAUGGAGGGAGGAAAAUAAAAGGCAUGUGCGAGUGCGUACAGGGAGUUGGGGUGAAGUAUGGUGAACGGCUUACUCACGUUUUUG